AUGGCUCCCAACGUUAUCACCCAGAAAGUCCAUCCCUGCCUUUGGUUCGACACCCAGGCCCUCGAGGCCGCAACCUUCUACACCACCAUCUUCUCCCAGGCACCCAACAGCUCCUCGGAUGCCGCCACCACCAGCAGCAGCAGUAGCUCGCGCAUCCUCUCCAGCUCCAAGCAGCUCGUGACCUUCUCCCUCGCGGGCCAAGAAUACUCCGCCCUAAACGGCGGCACGUACUAUAAGCUUUCGCCGGCGCUGUCGCUCUUCAUCAGCUGCGACGACCAAGCGGAGAUUGACUACUUCUGGGAGAAUCUGCUGAAAGACGGGGGCCGGGAGCUCCAGUGCGGAUGGCUGACGGAUCGAUUCGGAGUUUCGUGGCAGGUGGUGCCCAAAGUGCUGAUGGAAAUGAUCGCGAAUGAGGAUAAGGAGAAGGCUGAACGCGCGAGGAAUGCGAUGCUGAAAAGUCAGAAGUUCGAGAUUGCAGCUCUACAGGCGGCGUUUGAAGGGCAGACGCAGUGA